AUGGGAAUACCCGAUAGUUCACUAUCAGAUUUGAUAGAGAAGGUUAGGUCUUGGAUUUCGUGGGGACCAACUGAUCUAACUUCCUUGUCCAGUGGAUUCGAAAUGGCUAAUAACAGGUGCAAAAUGUGUUCAGAGUGCGAGAUGAACCUUUCAGAAUCUUCCUUCAAGUACCACUGCCAAAACUGUGGUCGGCCAUUGUGUAGGAAUUGCAUUCGUGGCUAUGUUUCUUUAGGUGCUGUAGCAUCUGGUGAUUUGAAUAGCCUGCCAGAAGCUGGGCUUGAAAUUAAAUCCUGCAAGUUUUGCUCCGACCUUAGUCUUAGGCACAAAGGUGAAGGGAGGUAUAGUGAUAAAAUCUAUCCUGCCGAGUCGCCUCGACAAAGCCCUGAACCACCUUCGCCAAGUUUCAGUGGUGGUGAUAGAUGUGAUGGUUAUCCUCCCCAAACUGCGACCAGUAGUGUGACUUCAAUUACUAGCCAUCCUUCUCCAGUAUCUGUUCGUCGCACUUCUAGCAGGAAUGAUGAAGAUGUGGGAGAGGAAUCCAUAAAUCAGCUUUAUUGCCCAUCUAGUGAAUGCUGUCAUGAAGCUUCAGAUAUAGAUUUGAGUAGUGUUAGUGCUAGACUUGAGUUUUAUAGUUUUACGUCUGCUGGAUCAAGUCUUUCAGACAGCCCCUCUGGGAUUCAUAUUAUUUCCGAUAGAGUUGGGCAUUCUGUACAGCGAGAGGCAGGGGAAGCCCCACGUCCUCAGAAUGAUGGUUCCUUUAAACAAGAAACCAUGGAUGUGUUGGAUAUGCCACAGACAGCAACUGUGGAUCCAGAGAAUGCUGAUGAUUGUGCUGAUGAUAUUUUGAUAUUCCGGGAUCAAUUUGAGAGAUUGCAAAAGCCUUUGGAUUUUGAAAACAAUGGUCUCAUUUGGUUUCCUCCGCCGCCUGAGGAUGAAGAUGAUGAGGCAGAAAACAGUUUCUUUGCAUAUAAUGAUGAGGAUGAUGAAAUUGGAGAAUCAGGUGCGAUAUUUUCAUCUAGCGGUAGCUUUGAUAGCAUGUUCCCAGCAAAGGAGAAACAGAAUGAAAGUCAUAAGGAACCUUUAAGAACUGUGGUUCAAGGGCAUUUUAGGGCCCUUGUCUCACAGCUGUUACAAGGGGAGGGCAUCGAGGCCGGCAGAGAAAACAGCACAGAAGACUGGCUAGACAUAGUUACGACAAUAGCAUGGCAAGCUGCAGACUUUGUGAAACCAGAUACAAGUGGAGGAGGCAGUAUGGAUCCUGGUGAUUAUGUAAAAGUUAAGUGUAUUGCAUCAGGAAGUCCUGGCGAGAGCACACUCGUUAAAGGAGUAGUUUGUACAAAAAAUAUAAAACACAAACGCAUGACUUCUCAAUACAAAAACCCUAGAUUACUUCUUUUAGGAGGAGCACUGGAGUACCAAAGAGUGCCAAAUCAGCUGGCAUCUUUUGAUACAUUAUUGCAGCAGGAAAUUGAUCACCUGAAGGUGAUUGUUUCAAGGAUAGAGGCCCACCGUCCAAAUGUGCUGCUGGUAGAGAAAAGUGUAUCUUCAUAUGCCCAAGAGUAUCUACUAGCAAAGGAGAUCUCUUUAGUGUUAAAUGUUAGGAGACCACUAUUGGAGCGGAUAGCCAGGUGCACUGGUGCUCACAUAACUCCAUCAACUGAUAAAAUUUCUACAACACGGUUGGGACACUGUGAACUGUUUCGGUUAGAAAAAAUGGUUGAAGAACAUGAAAAUGCCAAUCAGUUUAACAAGAGGCCUUCCAAAACCUUGAUGUUUUUUGAAGGUUGUCCCAGGCGUUUAGGUUGCACGGUCCUGCUGAAGGGCUUAUGUCAAGAGGAACUAAAGAAGGUUAAAAAUGUUGUUCAAUAUGCGGUGUUUGCUGCAUACCAUCUGUCUCUGGAGACUUCCUUUCUUGCUGACGAGGGUGCCAGUCUACCUAAACUUGCAUUAAAACCAUCAAUUGCCAUACCAGAGAGGACAACUGCUGAUAAUGCCGUUUCAGUUAUCCCUAAUUCUAUUUUGGCCAGCAGUUAUCAAGAAAUUGCUGAUAUCCCAGAAUUUAAAGAAGGACAAACAGGUCUAAAUUUGGAGCUCGCGAAGCAGGAAAUGUCGUUUGAGCUUCAAGAUGCUGAUCGUUAUUCUUCUCCUACACUCAGCAAGUGCAGAGUUGGUGUUGCUUUUCCUGAUGCACCCCGUUGUGAAAUAGCAUCUAAUGUGGCUUUGGAGGAUUUAAGGCCCGCUGUGCUUCCUUCUGAGAUGAAGGAUGAUAUCCUGGACGAGUCCCUGGAAACUACAGGCCAAGGGGAGAGGCGACCAAGGGAACUCUUUCAAGUGGCAAAUAUUGAUGAAAUUGAAGCCUCCAGUGAAUACUAUUCAGCCACUGACAGUCACCAGAGCAUACUAGUGUCUUUUUCUUGCCAUUGUGUGCUGAAUGGUACUGUAUGCGAACGCUCCCGACUCCUGCGCAUCAAGUUCUAUGGCUGUUUCGAUAAGCCACUUGGAAGGUAUCUUCGAGAUGAUCUGUUUGAUCAGACAUCUUGCUGUCGAUCAUGUAAAGAGCCAGCUGAAGCCCAUGUCCAAUGCUAUACACAUCAACAGGGAAAUCUCACAAUAAAUGUUAGACGCCUUCCUUCAGUGAAGCUACCUGGGGAGCGGGAUGGGAAAAUAUGGAUGUGGCAUAGAUGUCUCAGGGACUGCCUUCGUUACUAUGGGUUUGGGAGUAUGGUUGCAUUCUUCCGAUAUUCUCCUAUCAAUAUUCUUUCUGUCUGUUUGCCCCCGUCAGUGCUCGAGUUCAAUGGUCAUGUGCAACAGGACUGGAUAAGAAAAGAGGCAGCUGAGCUUCUAAAUAAAAUGGAAACCUUAUAUGAGGAGAUAUUAGGUGUGCUUUGCAGCACAGAACAGAAAAGCACAUCUUUUGGACAUGAAUCAUCUGAUAUAAGUGUGUUAUGUACUCGCAUCAAGGAGUUGAAAAAUCUGCUUUUGAAAGAGAAAAAUGAGUACAAUGAUCUGCUCCAAUCUGCUGAUGAAAAGACUUCAGAAUUGGGCCAGGGAGCACUAGACAUCCUUGAACUCAAUCGCUUGAGACAUUCUCUCCUUAUUGGUUCACAUGUUUGGGAUCGUCGGCUUUAUUCAUUGGAUUCUCUUCUUAAAAGGAGUUCUGGUUCUGAGGUUACACAGGAUGUUGCAUCUUAUGCUGAGCUGAAAAAUGGGAGAAGUGAUGCAUCUGUUGAGGAUGGCAGUCUUGACUACGGCAAUGAAGAAAAUGUGCCUGAGAUUUCAAAAUUACUGAAGCUUUCUCGAAAGGAUCUACAGUCUGAACAGUUGGAGGAGCCGAAAGCAUCACCAUCUGAGCCUGGAGUUCCAGAAGACUCCAUAUCAAACUCCCAUCUCCAUAACAAAGAGGAGGAAUUGUACUCGGAUGGCGCAGUCAAUAGUACAGCCUUGGAACGCGUCCCCUCAGCUGGAACCAGUCUAUCCGAUAAAAUAGAUUCUUUAUGGAGUGGUACAGAUCAACUGUCUUUGAAAACUCAGUUCCUGAAGACACUAGAGGCAGAUGUACCUGAAGCUGCUUUGCUCAUGCAGAUAAAUCAAACUGAUAAUCCACCUUUUAGAAAGCUAAUGUCACCGGCUAGAGUUUAUUCCUUCGAUUCUGCAUUGAGAAUUCAAGACAGAAUUAGGAAAGGACUGUCCCCCUCUUCAUUGCAUUUGUCAACACUUAGAUCUUUUCAUGCUUCUGGUGAGUACAGGAAUAUGAUCAGGGACCCUGUCUCUAUCGUACAGAGGACUUAUUCCCAAAUGUUACCUCGCGAAGCCCAGAAAUUAAAUCUUCCUCUGAGUGCCUCACUCUCCUUUAUCUCUUCUGCAUCUCUGUUGCCUGAAGGAGCACGGUUUUUGCUUCCACAAAAUGGCCAAAUUAACUUAGUUAUUGCUGUCUAUGAGAAUGAACCCACCAGUAUAAUCGCUUACGCCCUUUGUUGCAAGGAAUAUGAAGACCGGGUUGUGCAUAAGCUGAAUGAACAUGAUGUAUGCACUGCUAGUGAGAUAAAUAAGUAUAAUUCUAUAGCUUCUAAUUUUUCAGCAUGGCAGUCUAUUGGCUCUCUUGACUCGGAUUAUAUUCACUAUGGAAGCUUGGGAUCUGAAGAAACUUCGACGACAAUUGGUACCCUGUUUACUGAUCCCAAGAGCUCUUCUCAUUUGAGAAUUUCUUUUCAAGAUGAAUCUAACUAUGCUGGCGAAAAGGUGAAGUUUUCUGUUACCUGUUAUUUUGCAAAGCAAUUUGAUGCCCUUCGAAAGAAAUGCUGCCCAAGUGAGUUGGAUUUUGUGCGCUCUUUUAGUCGCUGCAAGAGAUGGAGUGCACAAGGAGGAAAGAGCAAUGUCUAUUUUGCCAAGUCAUUGGAUGAAAGAUUCAUUAUAAAGCAAGUCACAAAGACUGAGUUGGAGUCUUUUGAAGAAUUCGCACCUCAAUACUUCAAAUAUCUGACAGAUUCUCUUAGCUCAGGAAGUCCAACUUGCCUGGCUAAAGUUCUAGGCAUAUAUCAGGUAACUGUCAAACACGGGAAAGGUGGAAAGGAAACAAAAAUGGAUUUGAUGGUGAUGGAGAACCUUUUUUUCAACCGAACUAUCUCAAGGCUCUAUGAUCUUAAAGGCUCUGCGAGAUCUCGUUACAAUUCAGAUCCCACAGGGACAAAUAAAGUACUGCUAGAUAUGAAUCUCUUGGAAACGCUGCGGACUAAACCCAUUUUUCUAGGAAGCAAGGCAAAGAGAAGCCUCGAGAGAGCUGUUUGGAAUGAUACAUCCUUUUUAGCGUCUGUUGACGUCAUGGAUUAUUCCUUGCUGGUUGGGGUGGACGAUGAGCGCAACGAGCUGGUCUUAGGUAUCAUCGACUUCAUGAGACAAUACACCUGGGACAAGCAUUUGGAGACGUGGGUAAAGGCAUCUGGUAUACUUGGUGGACCGAAGAAUGCUUCUCCAACAAUCAUUUCUCCGAAACAGUAUAAGAAACGAUUCAGAAAAGCAAUGACAACGUAUUUCCUCACAGUACCUGAUCAGUGGUCACCAUAAACCACAUCAUUGCAUUCAAUUUAUUGGCAGAUUAUUGGCUAAUAAUGGAAAGAACUGCUCUUGCAGAAAGAUGGAGAGGGUGGAUAGAUCCUUUGCUGUUGUUUGUUUAUUAUUUUCUUUAUUUUUUUUUGGAUACAUUUAUUAUUUUCUUUUGAAUGUGGGAACAAUAGGCCCCAAAAAAUAGGUUUAUACAAAAAAGAAGGGAACAAAAUUCCCCCGUCGGGUUUUCAUUGUACUUUCUGUACAUGUGAACAAGUUUCCUUGAAGAAAAUUCCUUCAUUCGACUUCUGCAGAGCUU